AUGUCCAAAGAGGCAGGAUUAAAGAACGAAACGCGCCCCAAGGCCCUGGGCCCUCACUAUGACUACCAGCGAGUGAGAAAAUCUAAUUCGCAACAAGCGUUGGAGAAUCCUGAUUGGCGAACUCGAACGUCUGAUAAUGCGAGCUCACCAACACUGGAUGGCGAACAGGUCUGGCGCAAUGUGAAAGGACCUGGGAGGAACUGUAUUGCAAUGGAUACAUUCCCAACCACUCCAUCCGCUGGCGAAAGCAAGCACGAAGCCCCUCCACAAAAGAGCAGCGACGUCGCGCAAGAUGACACGACGGUAAACAGCGACGUGAGAGGCCACCAGAAAAAUGUCUUCGCCUUGUCUUCUGAGUUGGAACCAAAGAUAAUAAAAACUCUGGAGGAGGAACAACCUGUUCCGUAUGGGAUCUUGAAGCAGAUAUGCCUCCCUUCCUCGAAGGAACACCCCCUGAGCCUCUUGGAAGUUGCCCCAUUGGGUAGCAUCCCCAGCUGGCAAUCUCCAUCUGUCGUGGAGAUCCGGCCUCUGAGGGGAAAUCUAAUGCAAAGAAAGCCCGACAACGGUCAGGACGAGCAACUAACCGCGGCGCUCAAAGCUGCCGAAGCCACGCCUCACAAAGUUCGAGUGCACGUGAACCAGCAAAAUCGCCAAAAUGAGAUGAAGAUGAAGUACUCCACCCCAGACGAGCUACGAUUGCGAAAGGAGAUUUUUGAGGGGUUUGAGCUACCGGGUGCGAUCGCAGCGCAAAUACGCAGAACUCAAGAUUGCUCUAGUGAGAACCGAUUGUCUUCCAACCAGACAGCACGUUUGGUCAACGACGAAAGACCCAUGGCUGCAUUUGAGGCUGAAAAAGCCCAGGCGUUUCAAAGAUUUCUACAAAAGCUAGGACAGAAGAACAGAGACUCGCCAAACGAAAACCCGCCGGGACGAGACAGGGUAGAUAGCUAUGAAGAUGGCUCAAAGGAAGAACAAAGCGGAGGUUCAACAGAAACUUGCAUCUUUCGAUACCGGACACAAAGGGCUGAUGAACGAAAGCAAACUUCUUCGGAGAUGCUCACAGGCUACCGGCCACGAGGGCUUGAGACUUCUCACAAAGAGAACACAAGCCGUCCAGGGCAAGAGUAUGCCAGAUUCAAGAACCUGAAUCCCAAGGCGCGAGAGUUUCUCUCUUUCGUCUCCAAUCGAAGCUCCAACUCAGAAGACGGCAACAUGAAACCACUCCAGGCCCUUACCACGGAGGCUUUUAUGAGCACCGGUGGCCAUGCCAACGCUAUGUCUCUCGCAGGACUUGGUCAGCCGAAUGUCUCUUCAUUUGAGCAACAUCCGCCACCUUAUGAGCUUGUACGGCUUGCUGCUGCUCCUGACGUAACCGCCGCCCCCCUGACGCUCAAUAUAGGUAACUUGAUGCCAGGAAGAUUGGUCCCGGUACCGGUGGCAACAGAUCAGUUUGGUGGCCAGUUCUCGACAUCUGCUUUGCCAAUAUCCACAAUGCCGUCGCUGCCUUCACUCAUACCAUCGGUGUUUCGGCCACAGUCAGUAUUGCAGUCCUUAUCCAUGCCUGGGAAUGCCAUAGUGGGGUUCCCAGCCGUGCCCUCCAUGGUGAAUACCACAUAUCCGAGUACACUGCCAAAUAGCUCCAACCCUUGCUUGAGCAUGCCGUCAUGCCAAAUGCCGCUGAUGACGGGUGCUUCCUGCCCACCCCAGCCGGUGCCAAAGCCUCGACGCCCAGAUCCAGGAGAUCAGCAAGCAUACGAGGCAUGGAUCGAGUGGCGCAAGGCAAACGAGCCAGGCUAUGCCUUGGAGUGCCGUCUGAGACAGCAGCGACGAGCUCAACGGAGCAUGACGGACAAGGCACCGCCCAAGGCCCCGCCGGCCGAGAAGGAUAUUCGGAGUCGGCCGCAGCAUGUGGAUAAUGUCGCUUUCAAGAUGUCGUUUGAUUGCUUCCUGUGGGUUGUCAGUCCCCAGGGUUACCCCUGA